AAAUCCUGAGUUACAAACAGCAGAGACUCAUAACAGCCACAGUCACGACGUGAACAUUGUCUGAACAUUUUUUUUAACCUUGAUUACAUUUGUAUUCUUAGAUUAAAUAUUUGUUAAACAAUAUGGGGAUAGCAACAAUCUUUGUUCUCUGCAGCUUUGCAGUGGGUGUAACUCCGAGUGCGGUCACGUUAGAGGCGGACAUACCCUUCCUGAAACUGCCCCUCUCUAAGAACGCUAGCCUGGAGUGCUGCUACACCGCCAGGGGGGGGCCACAGAAAUUAGCUUGGGUCAAAAGUUUUAGAUGUGUCAAUGUCACCAUCGGCCCCUGCACUGUGACACUUUCAGGCCAUGUGAGUGGGGUCAGGCAUAAAUCAGACAGGAAACAUUGUGGCACCCUGACCAUGACAUCAGUCCAGCUGAAUGACACCGGCCUGUACCAGUGUUGGCUGUACAACAGCAAAGUCUAUUCUCAUGGCACCUACCUGCAUGUCUACGAACCACUGGAGAAGAAACUGAACCUCAGCGAAAGCACCAAAAACAAGAUCCUGACGGUUGAGGGAGUCCUGCUCUUCCUGUGUGUGCUGUUGCCAUCGGCCGCCCUUUUCUGCAAGUCCAAGAAACUACAUGAGCUAGAGAAGAAGAAGGCGCAGAGGGAAGAGGAAAACAUAUAUCAGGGGCUCAAUCUGGACGACUGUUGCGACCAAUACGAUCAGAUCGAGCGGUCCCAGGCCCGUGGCCCGUACGAGGACGUGUGCAACAUAAUGGAGGAAGAGGAGGAGAUCCAGCUGGAGAAACCCUGAGGGAAGAAAGGGGAGAGAAAGAGGAGGGGAAGGAAGAAAGAGAAAGUGUGGAAUCUAUUUUCAGAGCUUUUUUUUUAAAGAUAUAUAGCCUGCAGUUAAACUUAUAACAUCAAACAACAUAUUAUUUAAUCAGCUUUUGACCUCAGAUAUAAAAGUAGCUAAUCAGAGCUUGUCAUGUGGCACAUGAUCUGCCUCAGGGAAUUAGGCUAUUACUCAACCUUAACACCAAAAUGUACGAAAAGUACUUUGAGUUUUAAGAUCUACAAUUUCAUCACAACUGAUGACGGAAGCCGAUGUGAUGUGAGUGAAAGCUGCAGAACGUAUUCUGAAGGAAGCUUGUGAUGAGGUUGUUUUGUUUUAUCAGCUUCUUUAAUGUUUAUAAAAAAAUAAUAGACUGUAUGUAAAGUCUACAUACAUUUAACUCAAUGCCUUAAUUGGUUGAACGAUAUGACCAAAAAUGAUCCGGAUAAAAGUUUUCAUAUCAGUUGAUAUCGAUAAUUAUCACGAUAUAUGUCACAUUGUUAUUUCUUGUAAGUUUAAAGUCUGAUUUCUUCUUUAUGGACAGAAAAUAACUUGACAAAAGCAAAACGAAUUUACAAAUCUGAAGUAUAUCAAUUAUGUGUCAGACCUCAUGUGUUCGCAAAAUGCAGAAACAACAAAUCCUUCUCUCUUGGACUUGUUGUAUUGCUAUAGAUGAUAAUUAUUGAUAUUGUUUUGUGUUCAGCUUAUUCCAUGCAUUUUACUCAUGACUUCAUUGUGUUUCACUGUUUAUUUGCUUGUUGCUAUUGCUGAGAGUGCUCAAAGAAUAAAAUUGUGUAAAAAUA